AUGAGGCGACUGGCGACGUUGAAUAACGAUGUGAGGUACCUGGACGCCAGCUUCACCGUACUCGCCAACUUUGUAGGGCUGAGGCGGGACGAGGUGGUGACAGCUGCAACCCAACUACUGCUGCAUGGGGGUCACGCGGGGACCGGCGCGAAAGCAGAGGCGGGUGGCACCAAGAAUGCUCCACGCACUCCACAGCGUCCGUCUAGACGUAAGAGGCGGGAUGACAGCAGUCCUGAGGAGGAUGGCGUGCGCAAUGCCACCCGGGUUGCGCUGGCCUCCACGUUCGCUGCAUGUGAGCCGACAUCGACCUUGCUGCAGAACCCGCACCUUGCGCAUGGGACCAUACCUCACUGGAUGUUCACGCGCGGGAUGCACCUGCUCGGGGCGGGUGUGCCAGCUGGAGCUGACGUGUGGGGAGACACGCGAGGGAAGGAGACGGUGAAGGCCGAAGAGGAGGAGGAUCUCGUGUCAGACACAGACGACGAGGAGGAUGAUGACGAAGAAGGUGGAAAGCGUAAGCAGCAGCGGCUGGGAGCGUACACCACGGAGGAAGAGGGGGCGUUCGCGUACGCCGCAGGUGCGUUCGGGCUGAGGGGCCACGUGACAAGAUACCCAACACGGUCAGCCUGUCAGCCGCAGAGAAGGCGAUGCUGCGUGGUUGCACCAAAGAAGAUUUGCAGAUCCUGGUGGAAGCGCGGAAGUGGUGGAGGUGGAGGAGCUGGCGGGAGGCGCUGGAUAGCGUGUAGCAGCAAGCUGAAACGUGGCAGGAAGCGUGGGGGUGCCACAGGUACAUCAAAGAGGCACAGGGUGGUGGAUAGCAACACCAUGCUACCAACGAACCAGAGGUCCCCGGACAAUGCGGAGAGUGGGGGGACGGCCCCUGUGAGCGAGCAGGGCGGGGGUGCAAAGAACAAAGAGCAGGAAGAGCGAGGGGAAGACACUGGUGCACAUGAGAACACGUCAGGCCCCUGCUGCAUAGUGGAUGUAUAG